AUAAUCUCUUUGGAAAAUCCCACAUAGAAGAUUUUAUCGCUCGGGCCAAUGAAUUUAAUAUGAAGCCAGUAGAGACUCUUGGUCCCGAUGCGGCGAACACGAUCGUCUAUCACAUUGGCGGAUUCUCAAGUCUAUUACGCUUAUCCCAGGCGCCAAAAACUGCACCAACAGUUAUCAUCUAUUAUGAAACCAGAGAAUCAAUCUCAAAUGUGAAUGGGCAUUUCAGUUGGGCUACGGUAUCCAUAUAUUUGCACCAUUUUGUUAGGACACGGAACGACGCGAGAUCCUUUUUUCUUUGUAUGGAAGCUGGGAGAGCAUUUAACCGCCCAAUAUGGAGUGGAAUAGAGCCGGUUGAUUUCCGAUCACGAAGCGCAACGAUCCGUGAAUGGCUCACCGAAUGCGAAACGUCCCAUCCAAACUGCCGAAGGUCUCCGAAGCCAGACGUCCAGUUAGCAACACGUAUACUCGAAGUCCAAGAGUUUGAAACCGACCAUUACUCGGUCAAUCUCGUUUCAACUAAAGAAAUCGACUUGUGCAGUAGACCUUACAUCGUCCUAACUCAUGUAUGGGGUGGCAAAGAGGUGCCUUGUAAGACAACUAAGAGCAAUAUAGCGAAAUACUUUGACUGCGGCAUUGAUUUCGAUAGUCUCCCAAAGACUUUUCAAGAUGCGGUCCGUCUUACGGUAGCUAUUGGGUUCAGGUACCUUUGGAUAGACAGUUUGUGUAUCAUCCAAGACGACAAAGAAGAUUGGCAGCGAGAGAGUGCCAAAAUGGCAGCAAUCUACGGUGCAGGCACUAUUACUCUCUCUGCAACUAGUGCUGAAAACAGCGAUGGAGGAUGUGGUCUAUCUCCAAAGAUUCAGUCUGUAACUCGAUUUUGCAGUACUGACCCCAGACGCCCUGACUUUGCCGUCAAGGAAAAAGAUAUCAUACUUCGUCAUCCGUCAAACACCAUCACAGGGCAGCUGCGCCAUGAACCGGUUUACAAAAGAGCAUGGAUACUUCAAGAAAAGAUACUCUCGCGUCGGGUUCUGCAUGCUACCUACUCUCAAUUUGUGUGGAAAUGUAACGUAAUCACGGAGAGCGAAGAUGGCAUAGCGUACAACCAGAAAACAUAUUUGCCUCCGGAUAAAGCAUGGCGCACCUUUUAUAGAGGGUUUCCACAAGAGAUGCGUGAUGGUGUUCAUGAGGAACAAGAUGUCUUUGAGUUCGAGAGGCGCUGGUGGAUUUACGCAACCGAUUACUCGAAGCGUUCCCUCACCCAUACAAGCGAUCAGUAUGCCGCUUUGGCUGGCAUUGUACAGUUUCAUCAAGACAUUUCAGGCGAUCGACCUGUGGUAGGUCUAUGGGAGCGUCAUCUGAUAAUCCAUCUAUCAUGGGAAGUAAGGCGCGAUACUCGAGAGCAUAAAACCCGUCUAUUUGAGCCAGCUGAUCGUCGACCAAGUUGGACAUGGAUGACGUUCACUCAUGGCAGCGUUGAACUAAGUCCAUAUUUUCAAUGGAGCUAUCUCACAAAAAAUGAAUCAACACCAGAAAGUCUGGGUAUGGUGUAUCAAGCCCAAGUUUUGAGCACCGAUAUCAGGUGGAGCAGCGAGCCGUUAACAUCUGAUCCGAGCGGCAGCACCGUCAGCAUUCGUGGGAUAAUGCGCCGCAUGCGAAAGCCAAAGCCCGUUCGGACCGCCAUGUAUAGUCCGUUAUGCCUAGACCCGGGAAUGUCUGAUGAGAGGGGAGAGAAUGGCGAAUAUGACACAAUUGCUCUCUUCGCCUAUGGACUUAGACCGGGUUUGACGAACCAAUCCCCAGUUGUAACGACUGUGUACUUAGUUGUUAAAGCGGUAGAGGAGAAAAACGCAGGUACUUAUAUGCGCAUUGGGUCGAUGCGUUUGACCGUAGAUUUCGAUUUGUAUAGUGGCCGAGAAUAUAGGCCUGAAGGCGUUGAAAUGGACAUCACCCUUGUCUAG